GGUAUCAGGGUAUGCUGUUGUUAUUGGAAGGACCUGUUCAGGAAGUGUGUAAGAAGGUGUCGCUGUCAGUGGCCGCACCUUUCCACGCCUCGUGACAAGAAGGGGCCGAACAGAACACAUAAAAGUCAGUUACCUGUGGCGAUGGGAAGAGUAAAUAAUCAGCAGCGGGUAUCACUUCACAGACAUGCCAUGGAUGCUGUGUUCGCUGCUCAUAACUGUACUUGUGCUUAUUCUCCUCUCCUGCCGUCGCACAAGAAGGAAAAAUGAGCCGCCUUUGGACAAAGGAGUCGUUCCAUGGUUGGGCCACGCGUUGGCGUUCUGUGAAGACGCAGCAACGUUUUUGUCCAAAAUGAAAGCGAAACACGGCGAUGUCUUUACAGUGUGUGUUGCGGGCCAUUACGUGACAGUCCUGUUGGAUCCAAACUCUUUCGAUGCGGUACUGAAUGACAACGUCCACCUGGACUUCAGCCGCCACAGGCAGCAGCUGAUGAUGAGGGUGUUUGGUCUGCAGCUGCCCAGUAUGGAGUCCACCGCACAGAGGACCUUCAUGAAACGACACUUUCAAGGUGUCUGCUUGUCCGAGCUGGGUCGUUCCAUGAGCGCUCACCUUCUGGAGCUGAUCUUGCAUCAUCAGUGCAGCCAAUCAGAGUGGAGGCAAGAGGGACUCUUCAACCUUUGUUACAGCCUCCUGUUCAGAGCUGGCUACCUCACACUGUUUGAGAGCGGAGACGACAUCGAUGACGUCUACACAGAGUUCCGCAAGUUUGACCAUCUUCUCGCCAAGAUGGCUCGCUGCUCACUCAAAAGAGGGGAGAGCGAGACGGCGCUCUCGUCACGGCGGCAACUGUGGCACCUGCUGUCUCGGAGCGAGCACGGCGGGCAGGACGAGUGGAGCUCCUGGCAGGGCAGCUAUCAGAGCUUCCUCCGGGAGGAGGGAGUGGAUGCUGAGAUGCGGAGGAGAGCUCUGCUGAUGCAGCUGUGGACCACACAGUGUAAUAUUGGACCAGCUGCCUUUUGGCUCCUUGGCUUCCUGCUCACCCACCCUCAGGCCAUGGAGACGCUUCAAUCAGAGAUGAGAGGUCUUACCCAGGAGGACGGCUCCCCCCAGCAUCCCUCCAUAAUGGAGACGCACAGCACCCCCGUGUUCGACAGCGUUCUGAAGGAAACCCUGCGCCUCACCGCCGCCGCAAUGAUCACCAGAGAGGUGGUGCACGACAAAAUCCUGCACAUGUCCAACGGGCAGGACUACCACCUUAGACGGGGGGACAAAGUGUGUCUCUUCCCCUUCCUGAGCCCACAAAUGGACCCAGAGAUACACCAAGAACCACAGAUGUUCAAGUAUGACCGCUUCCUAAACGAAGAUAUGACAGCCAAGGAUCAUUUCUACAAGGACGGGAGAAGGUUGAAGUACGUCACCAUGCCUUGGGGCGCAGGCAGCAACGCGUGCGUGGGGAAAGACUUUGCCGUCACAGCGAUUAAAAAAUUUGUGCUCCUGAUGCUCGCUCAUGUGGACCUGCAAGUGUGCGACCCGAAAGCGCAAAUGCCUCCGGUCGAUUCCAGCCGCUACGGUUUCGGGAUGCUCCAGCCGGAGGGGGAUCUACUGGUCCGUUACAAACUGAAGAGGACAAUUACAAGUAUUUAAUUCACCAAUAGAUAUGUAAUUUAUAUACAUACAUACAGGGUAUGCUAGUAUAUACAGUGUGUAUAUAUCGUGUACAUUUAUUUAUUCAUUAUUAUUCAUGUAUGCAAAUGUUCUGUUUCAAUGUCAUGUGGUUUCAUUUCAAGACGUGCUUGCCAAAUUCAAGAACUACGACAUUAUUAAAAAUAAAUGAGGAA